GACUUACAAGAUUAAGAGUGUUGAUUCUCGAUAGUAAUGUAUUUUCAGGUGAAAUUCCUAAAAACCUUUCACAUUGUGUUAGUCUAACAAAUUUUUAUUUGGGAGACAAUAAUCUAAGGGGUACAUUUCCUUUGGAGUUUCGAUCACUGUCCAAACUUAAGUACCUUUCGGUUGACACAAACCACUUGAUGGGAGAGAUACCUGCUUACAUAGGCAAUUUUUCAUCACUUAAGAUACUUUCUUUUGGUGAAAAUAAUUUCAAGGGAAAAAUUCCUACUUCUUUUGGAUGCCUGCAGAAACUUUAUUUUAUUGCUUUAUUCAACAACUACCUUACUUCUACCAUCCCCAUAUCCAUUUUCAAUCUGUCAUUAUUGGUAACUUCUGAUGUAAAACAAAAUAAACUUGAAGGAUAUCUUCCUUCAAAUUUAGGCUCUACCCUUCCAAAUCUAGAGUAAUUUCAUAUUGGUUUUAAUCUAUUAAGAGGGCGACUUCCUAUCUCAAUGUCAAAUGCCACAGCACUAUACUAUUUUGAUGUUCGUCAAAAUGAUUUCUAUGGAGGGGUACCGUCAUUUAGUGGACUUAGGCUAAAACUUCUUUCACUUGAUAAAAAUCCACUUGGUAAUGGAAAAUCCAAUGAUUUGGAUUUCAUGUCUUCUCUUCUCAAUAGUACUGCUACACUAGAGUUCCUGCUUCUUUCUAACUGCAAUUUUGGGGGUGUUUUGCCCAGAUUCAAUGAGUUACAAGGUACUAUAUCGAUAAGUCUUAAGUAUUUGUUAGAAUUAGAUCUUUCCCAAAACAAACUCCAAGGAAAUUUUCCCAAAGAUAUCUUCACAUCACUUGUGUAUUUAGACCUCUCUCACAAUCACUUUACAGGUCCUCUUCCUGUAGAGAUUGGUGGGUUCAAAAAUUUGGUGACACUAAACCUCUCAAACAACAUGUUCUUAGGCACACUUCCAAGUACCAUUGGUGCACUGAGUAGCUUGAUUGAACUCAACAUCAAUCAUAAUCUUUUCCAUGGAUUUAUCCCUCCUUCUCUCAGUUCUCUAAAAAGCCUAGAAGUUUUAGAUCUAUCUUGUAAUAACCUCACAGGAAAAAUACCAGAAUUUCUAGGUAAAUUUCAGUACUUGAAGCGAUUGAAUUUAUCAUUUAACCAUUUGGAAGGUGAGAUACCUACUGAAGGGAUUUUUAAACACAAGACUGAAGUUGAGGUGGUUGGUAACAACCUUUGUGGAGGUAUUCCACAAUUUGGAUUCCCAACAUCCCCAAGAGAAGGGGAAAGACAACAUCUGUCCCAUAUUCAAAAGCUGGCAAUUUUUAUUUCAAGUGGGACUUUGAUUCUGCUGAUAAUUGUGGCUCUCAUUGUGUUCAUUUACGAGCAGAAGAACAAGCAGCCUUUAACGUUGGAUGCAACAAUAGAGUUAAUGCCUAAGUUGUCAUAUUGGAGUAUCCAGAAGGCAACUAAUGAUUUUUCUAAAUCCAGCAUAAUUGGAUUUGGAAAAUUCAGCACUGUUUACCAAGGCAUUCUUGAUGGUAGUUUGGGAAUAGUGGCAAUUCAAGUGUUCAAGCUUCAAGUGAGAGGAGCAUCCAAGAGCUUUUUGGCAGAAUGUGAAGCAUUGAGGCAAAUUAGGCACCGAAACUUGGUAAAAGUUUUGACCACUUGUUGUAGCAUCGACCAUGAGGGUAAUGACUUCUUCGCCAUCGUUUAUGAGUAUAUGAUCAAUGGUAGUCUGGACAAUUGGUUGCACAAUCACUCAAAAGACAUAGGAGACAAUAAUGAUUCAAAGUGUUUGAAUUUGGUACAGAGGAUAAAUAUCGCAAUUGAUGUGGCAAAUGCACUUGAUUAUCUUCAUAAUCAAUUGGAGACAAGUUUAGUACAUUGUGAUUUGAAGCCAAGCAAUAUUUUGUUGGAUGGAGACUUAGUGGUUCACGUGGCUGAUUUUGGAUUAGCAAAGUUUCUUCUCACGGAAGUUACCCUUGCAUCUUCAUCUAACCAAGAGAGUUCAUCUAUAGGAAUUAAAGGGACUAUUGGAUAUGCACAUCCAGGGAGAUGAUAGCCUUGGCCUUUUACCGAUCAAUCCACUAAUUACCUAGAGCUGGACUUGGUAUUUUACCGGCUUCUGCCUUUCACCAUAAUGCAAGGCGAUGGAAAUGCCAUGGGAUUUUGCUAGAGAAUGCAAGGAAAACAGAUUAAAGGAAACAGAAAAUGACGAUAAAAUUCCAAGAAAAGUGUACAGACUCAUAAUCCAAGAAACUGAUUCUGAGGUGCAUUCUGGUACAGGGAGCAAUUUCUUUUUAUUUUUCCAUUUUACAGCAUGCAAAUUGCAUCUCAACAAUCUGGAAAUUUAUAGGAAGUGAAAUAUGGGUCCGACAAUGGCUUGGC